GGAGUUGCAGCACCCCCUGAAGUAGCUCUUUGCCGUGCUCAGCCGUAUUUCCUUAAACUUGCCGUUCAGCUGUACCUGAGCGAUCUGAAAUUUAGCUUUACAUAGCACUGCUGCUUCGGGAGCUAGCGCUCAGCAGUCAAAAAAUGUGCUUCUGCACACCUGAGUGCAGAGCCUGAUUUCACACAGUCCAUCCUUUUUCCUGUUUGUCUUUAAAUGUUUUUGUAUCAGUUAGCCCUUCACCUUACACUCGUAAUCAUUUAGGCAUUGUAAAUUUACAACUGAGUUUUAUGAUUAAACACGAAUCAUAAUACUUUUAUUUUUUCCCCUUUCUUUGUUUCUUUCUAGUAUAUGCUGUGUGUUCAUACUCAGAUCCAUUCACAUCUUUGCAUACCUUGGUGGAAUAAUAUAGUAGUAGACAUGAAGGACAUAUAUAUUAUACAGCUGGAUAGCAAAGUGCCUUUGAUUGCUUUAUUGAGGUGUCAAAAUAAUGGAAUCUACUAAGAAAGAGUUGACAGUGUUAGACUCCCAAGACCGGACCCUGUGCUUGAAAUGUAUUGCCUUCUUGUCAUGUUUUUGGGCUUAUAUGAAUCCCAUAGCUAUGGCCAGAGCACGAGGUCCUGCACCAAAUUCAGGACCAACAAUACAAGACUACUUGAACAGGCCAAGACCAACAUGGGAAGAAGUGAAAGAGCAACUAGAAAAGAAAAAGAAAGGAUCCAGGGCUUUGGCUGAGUUUGAAGAAAAGAUGAAUGAGAAUUGGAGGAAAGAACUGGAAAAACACAGGGAAAAAUUACUGGGUGGAAAUGAGAGUUCCUCCAAAAAGAAAGAGAAAAAGAAAAAGGAAAAGAAGAAAUCUAAUAGGUUGUCUUCAUCUUCCUCUUCUUCAUCAAGCUCUGAUUCUUCCAGCAGUUCAUCUGAUUCAGAAGAUGAGGAUAAAAAGCAAGGGAAGAAAAGAAGGAAAAAGAAGUAUCGCUCCUCACGGAAAUCUUCAGCAAGCUCAACUUCAGAAUCUGAGUCAGACAGCAAGGACAGCACAAAAAAGAAGAGGUCAAAGGAAGACUGUGAAAAAGAGAAGGAAGGUAAAAAUCACAGGAAAAGGAAGAAAGCAGAUCGUGGUGAUGGACCUUUAUCAUCAGAAUCUGUAUCUGAAUCGGAUCAGACUGAGGAGGAUAAAACAAAAAAGAGAAAGAAGCACAAGAAACAUGGUAAAAAGAAGAAAAAGAAGAUUGCUGGUUCGAAUUCGGAUUCAGAAUAAUAUUUAAAACACCCCAAGACUAUCAACAGAAGUGUAAUGACUAAAGAAAACUUAAACUGUGAAAUGACAGCAAACUUUACCAAACUGCAUGAGUUUUCCUGUGUUUUAGAAAUAUUCCUAAUCUUUCAAUAGCCAGCCAGAUGCAGCUGUGCUGGGCCAGGACAGACCAUUGUUAUUGCCUGCUGCUUAAUACAUGAGGUACAACUUAUAGAAAAUUCCAGUAAGCAGUGAUGGGUGUUUGAAACAAUGUGAGAUGGUAGGCCAGCUGGGGUGUAAAAUAUUGGAAAAUAAGAGUUAAACUUUUUAGAUAGUAAAAGUAGUCUUUUAAAGCAUUAGUAAUAGUCUUUAUUUGUAAAUCAGGACAAAUUAAAUCCCAAGUUCAUCCUGCAGGUUAAUCCUAUACAUAAACUAUUGCAAGCUGGUGUCUGCUAAUGGAAAAUUAAUAACAUUUAAAAGGCUGCCUGUGUAGAAAUGUGCAUCAUCUGGCCCCUAACCGUCUUCAUGCUUAUGAGAAAGGGAAUGCUACCAUUUUGGCUGACUGAAUAGGGUGCCUUUGCCUUUGAUUCUUGCAAAUCUCUGCUACUUUUAAUCCAUGCAGCAUCUCUGAUUCCUGGGAAGCUAGAGCUAUUGUCAGAGACGGCAGACUUUUUCUGAAUAAGCAGUUCUGAGCUUCCAAGCAUGUGCUUCUGCAUUAAGCAAGAGCAAUGACAUUUUGCAGUAUAACUGACAGUCAAAACUGAGUAUUUUACCUCUGCUUCUUUGAAAUAGCGAUAGACCUUUGCUAGUAAAUAUGCAUAUUUCAUUUAAUGUUAUUUUGUUUUAAUUGAAAACUUCUUGCGAACACUUGUAGCUUUCUUUGCGUUACCUUUAGAAUUGUUUUGCAUGAUUUGUACCAUUUUUAAAUUAACAAAAUGCAGGUAAUGAUUUGUUGUAUAACCAGUUCUAUGAAUUAUGUUCCACAUGCAGAGUUUCAUGUAUGUAUUUAGUUGAAGUUCAUUGCUGUGUUUAAGUGCACACUUGCUGAAGAUAUUUAGCAUGUAAAAAGCAGGGUUUUGAUACCUAAACAGCUUCAUAUUGAAGCUGAUUUUACUCUAAGCAAGUUCAGUGGCAGAUCUGUUACGUUACAUGUCUUGUUAGAUAAAGAAACUACUGCCAGAAUCUCAUUAAAGAUACUGUUUAAACA